GUUAAUUUUUAGGAAUAAUUUGUCACUGAUGGCCCUGCAAUAUGGCAUCGUGUGUUACUGUACAAUUAGGCCAAUGUGGGACUCAAAUAGGGCAUGAGCUGCUUGAUAUUCUAUAUGAAGAUGCAUGUCAAACUUCAACUACUCUGACAACAAAAACCAAUAACGAAUAUAAAGACACCUCACUCAAGACAUUUUUUCAUGAAACCGGCAGCGGAUAUGAGGCCAGGUCCGUCUUGGUGGACAUGGAGCCUAAAGCUGUAAACUGUGCAUUGAGUGGAACGUCUGGUAAGGGUUGGAGUUAUGCAAAGGGGCAACAGUUCUGCCAGAAGAGUGGUUCAGGUAACAACUGGGCAUAUGGGUUUAAGGUUCAUGCCCCGCGCUGUAAAGAUGGGAUUUUAGAUUGCAUUCGAAGAGAGGUAGAAAAGUGUGAUUACUUUUCUGGAUUCCUUAUCUUAAUGAGCCUUGCAGGUGGUACAGGCUCUGGAGUUGGCUCCUACAUUACUGGUUUACUCCGUAAAGAAUAUCCACGCGCGACUUUAAUAAAUCCUGUGGUUUGCCCGUACACUGCUGGAGAAGUAGCUGUACAAAACUAUAAUGCGAUCCUCUCACUUUCCAAUAUGUGUGCGACAACAGACGCCAACAUUCUCUUGCAUAACAACCACCUACAUGAGGUGUGCCAGAAACUUCUGGGAUUAAAACAUGUCACAUUCACUGACAUGAAUUCUGUAGCAGCUUCCCAGCUUGCAUCUCUUCUCCAACCUAUCUCCGCUUCCACCAGUUCAAUGGAUCUGUUCGCGCAGCAGCAAAGAGAUGUUUUGAGUGAAAUUGUGCUGCAGUUGGCUUGUAAUGGCCAGUAUAAGUUGCUGGAUAUAAAGUCUGUGCCUCACAUACCAGUUGGCAGCGUAGCAUACAGUACUUUUGAAUGGGAGGCAUUAGUAAAGAGGAUAUACCAAAUGCACAUCACUGACUAUUAUAUGGACGAAGGCUUAAAUUGGAAAGCGAGACUUCCUGCAACAGGACUUGAGGAAAAAUGCGCAAAGUAUCCGUCCAAGUAUUUAUCCACACUGCUUAUCAUGCGCGGCCUCGAGGCGAGCUCUUUUGACCCGAAUUUAAGCAGAAAAUUUACUGACUCCAGACUCUAUGCAAAUUGGAUGCCAGAGUAUUAUCGCUGCGCCGUUUGGAAAACUGACAAACCUUUUCAAAAAUAUGAGAAAAGUUUAACCAUAGUAAGCAAUGGUACACCUUGCAUCAAGCCACUUAACAUGACUGUUGAAAAAGCAUGGGGCAUGUUUGGUGCUCGUGCGUAUUUACACCAAUAUACCAAGUAUGGACUUGAGGAAACCGAUUUUAUAAACGCAUUUGUAGCUGUGGAAAAUUUAAUUUCUGUUUACAAAAAGUUAUAACACUAAUUUUUUAUACAUAAUAUAUAUAUGAUAAGAAUAGUACUGAUAAUCUGGUAUUUUGUUUUAGUAAACCUGUAUUUCCAUAGCUCUUAAGAAUAUAAUUUAUGGUACAAAUUAUAUAAAAAUUUGUUUAAAUUUAAUUGCUGUAUCUCUCUAUGAACAUUGUCAAUUCAUUAUAGUUUAGUUUUUUCUGUAUAUAUAUAUUCACUUUUUUAUUCUUAC